AUGCCUGUGAGCUCUGUCCCAGAUCCCGCAUUAUUCUCCUGGGACAUUGGUCAGAUCUUACUUCAAAAGGCAGCUGAAAAAGAAGAUGAACUGAAAAAAGCAUUUCGGAUGCUUGAUGUUGGUCAGACCCUGACAGUCACAAAGGAUGAAUUCAGGAGAGUGAUUGAAACCUUUCUCUUCCAUCUAACAGAAGCUGAAUUUGAUGCUGUGCUGGCAGAGAUCCCAAAUAUUGGCAAAGGUACUGUGCCAUAUCUUGACUUCCUGUCAAAGUUCACUGGAAUUGCCGGAAGUACUAGCAUGCUCAAAAGGUUGAACAGCCACAGUCGCCAAAAAAUGACAUUAAGGCAGCUGGAAUCCCUGCUCAAGGAGAAAAUUGCAAAGAAUGUGAAAAACAUUAUCAGGUGCUGCAGACUUUUUGACUACACCCGUGCAGGAUGGAUACAGAGGCACACACUAAGGAAAAUUCUUGAGAUCACCUGUUUUAGGAUGAAGGACUCAGAAUUUGAAAAGCUGUGGAACCGUUACUGUGUUAGAGACUCUGAUGUGAUUGAUUAUAAAGAAUUUCUGAAGAAUUUUGGCAUAAGUACAGAUACAGUUACAGAAAAAAGCACAGAAAAUGAAGUUCCAGCUGAUAAAGCUGUGGACUUUGCUAAAUCAGUUUUCUUAACAGCACUAAUCUGCCAGAAAAUAAAAGAGGAGGAACAGAAGCAGAAAAAACUUUCUGUACAGUCUUCACCAGCUGAGUGUGCUGUGACAGAAUGCAGUCUGGAUAGCACUGAAAGGGCAUUUAAAGAAAAGCUGUGUUCAGCCCAUCAGGACAUUGAAAAAGCCUUUAGAGCAAUUGAUGUCAGUCGGAGUGGAUUUGUGUCUUUGGAUUACUUGAAGUCAGUCAUAAAUGCCUUUAUAUUUCCUUUGCCAAAUGAAACUUUUCAAGAGCUAAUGAAUAGAUUUGGACUGAAAGCCACAGGUAAAAUUGCUUGGCAACAAUUUUUAGAAAAAUUCCAGGAUCCUGGGAGCACCUUUGAAAACAAGCAGACAAUUCCUUUGAGAAAAAAACAUAAAGUAAAUCCACCUAGAGGAGAUGAAGCUUUUUCCAGUGAGCCUGUUCUUCAGAAGCUGCACAGAUACAUCCAAGAUGCUUAUCCUUCUUUAAAGCAGGAAUUCCUUAUGCUUGAUGAAACAAUUGUUGUAAAGAACAAGGAACUGAAAUUUAAUAUUAUCAACAAGAGAUCUUCAUUUUUGAUACGAGCAGGCUCCCCAAAGUUAUGCUAUAAAUACAAGGAUAACUCUUCUGAUGGAAUCUUUUACAAGAUGCUUUUGGAUAACUUAAAAGUUGCUGUUCUUUCUGGUGACUUAAAUGGUAUCAGCUCACAUAUAUCAAAGGAAAAACAACAAAGAGAAGAAAAAAGGCAAACAGAGCUUUCAAAAAGAAUCAAACAGAUUGAAGAUCAUGCUAACAAAUAUGCCCAGAAUAGAACUGUUGAUGAAGUAAUUAAAAGGCUGAAGGACAGAGUGAAACAACAGGCAGCGACUAUUAAAGACAGCUUUUAUGCCUACAACAAGCAAUCACAUGGGAAAAUUAAUAAAGCUGGCUUGCGGAAGGUGUUGGAAGAUCAUGGCAUGCCAAUGGAUGACAGUCAAUUUAAUCUACUAACAGAAAAGCUAGGGUUAUCAGAUGGAGGUUUGAGUUACCUGGAUUUUGUGGCAGUACUGGAAGGUGCCAGACUGAAUGGGCCAUUUUUUAACAGCCCAAACCACCAAGUAAACUAUGCUAAAUAUCACUACAUGACUGCUGAAGAAUGUCUCAAUCAACUUAAUGAUAAGCUGAGGGAAGUCUAUGGGGACACCUAUUCUGCCUUCCGUGAAACAGACAGUAACCACGACGGUAUCAUCAACAUGCUUGACUUUCGGCAGCUCUUGGACAGCUUUUUGCUUCGUCUUAGCAAUGAGGAAUUCCUGCGCCUACUUGGUUUGCUGGGAAUGAACCUGACCUCCACAUUAAAUUACCAAGAAUUCUGUCAACGUUUCCACACCCAAGAAACUAAGGAGAUGAUAAAGGAUGCAGAGCUAGCUUAUGAUCACGCUCAUUACUACCUUGUUAUCAAAGCAAGAACCAGAUGGCAUGACCUAGCAAGGAAUUUUCAGGAAUUUGACAGUGAAGGAAAUGGCAUUAUACAGCCAAGGGACUUGAAGAAAGUCUUGUUCAGAUUUGGCAUUCCAAUCACCCCAGAAGAAUUUAAGCAGCUUUGGGCAAGGUAUGAUACAGAUGCAAAAGGAUAUCUUAAAGAAUUUUUACAGAAACUGGGGAUAGAGUUUGCACCCACUGACACAGGGCUCAGCAGACACAUCACAGAAGACAGCUAUGCACAUUCACAAGUGCAUUAUAAUAAACAGAAGAAACACUCAAAGCUGAAAGAGCAGCAGAAGCAGCAAACUAAAGCUCUGCAUAUAAGAGAAAUUACAGAGCAAAUCAAGGAUAAAUUUAGGGAUUACUUCCAAGAUUUCAAUAAGGCCUUUCAUAAAGUGGAUAAAAAUAAAGAUGGCUAUGUAACAGUAUGUGACCUGCAGAGGAUACUACAAGAAUUCAACUACUACUUUGAUCACGAUCAGUUCAGAAGUCUUCUAAAAAGCUUAGGAAUCAGCAUUCAUCAUGGCAAGCUCUCUUAUUUUGAUUUCCUGAGAGCAAUUGAUGAUGGCAGAACAUCUAAAUACCAACAGAGACAAAAGCAGGCUGCACCACCUGCAAGCUUUGCAGUGCUCAGCUUAGAACAGACCCUAAUUAAGAUAAAAGAAAUAGUUGCAUCAUCUUAUGAUUUGUUGUACAAGGCAUUUUCUCUAUUUGAUAAAGAAGACACUGGAGUAAUUAAAGCACUGGAAUUUCGGCAAGUACUUGACCAUUUCUGCUUUAAAUUAUCAGACAAGCAGUUCAGGUAUCUUCUCAAGAACCUUAACCUUUGUGAGGACUUCACAGUAGACUGGAAAGUUUUCCUGAAAAACAUAAACCACAUUAUAGAGACUAAGGAAGGGCAAGAAGUUGUUCCACCUAAAUCUUCUUGGGAGCUGUCAGAGAGAGGCAUCCUCUCACAGAUACGAGAAGUAGUGACUGCUGGCUUUAACACAAUUGCACAAGAGUUUAAAGAUAUUGACUCUUCAAAAGAUAAUACAGUAUCAAAAAAGGAGUUCUGGGAUAUAUGUAACCGACAUGUUCAGCAGCUGACUGAAGAACAAUUUGAAAAUCUUUGGAACACAGUGGAUGUCAGCGCUGGUGGACGGUUGAAUUACCAGGACUUUUUGAAGAAGUUCAGCUCAGAACUUAUACCAGCAUCCAGUCGUCCUCGGACAAAACCAACUUUUUCUGCACCUGCCCUUAACUGCAAAACAAUAGAAAAUAAGAUAAGAAAGAACAUCCAGCAUUCCUGGAGAGGCAUACUGAAAGUGUGCAAAGAGAAGGAUGUCAGCAAGCUAGGAGAAAUCCCAGUGUCAGACUUCCUAGAUAUAGCACAGAAGUUCAGUUUGGAUUUAAGUGAAGGGGAAAUCAACCAAAUAACAAGAAAAUACGCUUUCAAGAAAAAUGGAAGAUUUGCUUACUAUGACUUCCUUCAGAGUUGUAUCUUGUUGUUAACACCACAGGAAAGCUCGCUGCUACAGAGGGUGAUUAUACAGAAGCCACAAAAACCACUGAGUCCUGGACCACAAACCACGUCGUUCUUCAGUGCAAUGCUGAGAAUUCAGCCCCAGAUCCUGCACUGCUGGAGACCAAUGAAGCAAACUUUUAAAUCCUAUGACGAAAGUCAUACUGGACUGUUAAACAUUGCAGAUUUCAGAGAAGUUCUUCGUAAGUACAACAUCAACCUAACUGAAGAGGAGUUAUUCAACAUUUUGGAAUACUAUGAUAAACCUUUGUCUUCAAAAAUAUCCUAUAAUGAUUUUCUCUGGGCAUUUGUACAGUAG